UUUCCAUCUCUCCUAACCUAAUCUUCUCUCUUCCCUUUUCUCUAACAAAAAUAAAAAUAGAAAUGAAUUGUUGUUUCCAUGGCAAUCCUACGAUACUGAUGUGGGACUUGUGGCCAACUUGAUUUUGUUGCAUCUAUGGAUUGUGAUUUGAUUUCAAUGGCUUGCCUGGAGAAAUGGAGUUGUUGUUACCACCUUCGUCUUACAGAUCUACCAGGAUUUGCUGUCGAAGACUAUGGAUUGACUGUUCUUGCCGGGGCUACCAGUUGCAUUUCGGAGAUUGGGUUAUGACGCCAAUGGGUAACCAACGUUACCUUCGUGGAUGUGGAGUCUUUGCGGUCCUGGAUGCAAUUAGUGCUAAAUUUGCUAUUCAGAAACUUCUUGCCGACCAAAGAUAUCGUGCUUAUAGGCCAUUAGUAAAAACAAUACAGUCCAAGAGUUCAUGCUUUGCCUAUUCCUCUUUCAAAACAGGAACUCUUGGACUGUAUUGUUUUUACUGAUGGCCUAUCGUAUCGUCUGAUAUAUGGCUAUGUUAUUGAGCAUGGUGUCCAUAGGGAGGUGGUGUACCCCUAUGAGGGCUUGUUCAAUGGAGAUUGCCAUUGUAGUGACUAUGCAGUAAGUUUAUAUUUACAUAAAUUUGGUAUGACAUACUAUAGUAUACUUGUUAAGUAUUGUGUUUUUUUUUGGGUAAAUAAUUAGGACAGAGAUUCUUCAAGUGCAAAUAAUUUUGUACAAUAUUGUCGGUAUUCCGUUGAAUGCUUGGUUGUUCGAAACAUUCGAACGCAUAGGAGAUCAAUGUGGUGGUUUCAUCGGAGUUGACGAGGAUACGAAGAACAGAAUCCACUUACUUUGGGCUCGUAUUUGUGCUAGAAACUCCAACAAGAUGAUUCCGACGAAUUUGAAUUUUGAAUUAGCAGGUUGGAUAUUUGAUUUGGGGAUAAUCUCGGAGAUCCAGUCUCCUUCUUCACCCUCUGGAAUUUCAACUGCUUAUGACGAGGUUGAAAAGCAGCUGGGGCCACACUCACAACCCAUUGCACUUGCUAAUAAUCAUAAAUUUAGUGUGCCCGGCAUGAGAAGGUACAUGUAAAGAAAGCAAGGGGUUCGAGGGGUUUAGUUCCUAAUGGGCUGGCCUAUAAGCACCCUCAAGGCAAGAUAUUUGGAGAAUGAUUCCAGCAGUUAUUUUCUGGAAUCUCCCUCCAUCACAAUAUCUGGAAAAUGAUUCCAACAGUUAUUUUCUGGAAUCUCGACUCCUAUAAGCACCCUCAAGGCUAGAUAUUUGGAAUGUUUAUUCAGUUGGCACUUUCUCUCCCCUGUAAACAGUGUGGAUAACCUUUUGGAUUGUGUUAGAUCCCUUUCUUUAGCUUAGUAGAAUAUUCAGGGAAUUUCUUUUGGCUGUUUUACAGAUAAGUUUUCUUCAUGUUUUGUUUGAAGCAGCUUCUUUUACUCUCUUGUUACCUUUGCAUUUUUCUAAUAAGUUCUG